CUUCCUUGCCUCACGAUUUUUGUUUCGAGCCGCAUGAUACUGAUUUGACUAUUUGGCCUGAAAUUAUUAAACAAGUACAAAGAACUGACUCAUGACGAAAUAGUCGAAGGAAUUCAAGAUUCAUCAGGGGAAACUCUAUGGACAAUACGCAGACCAAUUAGAGGAUGGUAUCUGGUCUUGCGAUCGCCAAUGGAUUCAAAUCCGCAAAGUUUCAUAGCUCUCCAACCGAAAAAGGUGACGAAAGGCAAGAAUAAACGAGUCGAAUUCACCUUCCGGUUACCAACAUUAUCUCACGAGACGACACCUGACAAACCAGUUGGAAAUGGACAUCUCAGGAAGGAUAGCACCGAUUCAUCAAUCAAAAGAAGGAACCCAUCGGUUUCAAGCUCACCUCAAUCCCCAAACCGCUUGAAACCUAUUCAUGACCAGCAAGCACCAAGUCCAACAACAGAAGAUUUGAUACAUUUACAGCCUGUUGAAGAAGACGUCAAAGAUCAAACGCUUUUCAAAUCGUUCACGAGCUUGUUCACAAACAGCAAUCAGAAAUUUCAAUGCUUUGCUAAACCGUUACAACCUACUACCAUCAACGAUCAGACAGUAGAAAUCGAUCCGACGAUUUUGAUAGAUUAUGAAGAUCAGAACUCAGUCUUUGGAAUCCACAACAAUGGAAUCCUGAAGAUCCGAUUGAAAAACUCAUUGAAUUUCAAACUGAUCGAAGGCAUUGACGAUGUCAAUCAGAAUGAAUUCCAUUGCGCCUUUUGGGUAGCGGUUUGCAUCGCUUACUUAGGCUUUCGAGCCGAUCAAGAUGCAUACAUAGCUGCGAAUGAAGAUAAUUGACACGAGCGACUCUUUCGGUUAGAUUUUCUUUAGUGCUUUUCAAUUUCGCUUUGGAGGAAAUACCACAGUUAAACUCUUUGCGAUUACAUUAUCUAUUUUACAUUCCGAGCCUACCCUUCAAUUUAUUUCUUGCUGUCAUUAUUCAUGGACUCUACUUCUUCAACAUUUCUCCUUGCUUUCACUAUGGAAUGGGACCGGUUCAAACUUCCUUUUGUUGUAAUCAUUCAUUUUUCAUGUUCUCCAACCUAAUGUGAUUCUGAAUCCAGCCACGGAGAUGUAAUUUGACACCGCUCGAGAAUCUACCAAGGUACGCUUGCAUGGCCUCAGAGCUCCAGCAAGAAUCCCUCGAGCUCUUGG